CUCAUUCACAGUCAGUCGGACUCGGUCACGAUUCACGGAUCCAGUCGUGAUUUGACUCUUGAGUGGAAAAGGUGAUUACAUGUCUUUGUUGAGAGAGGAUAAACGUGCACCGCAUUAUAUUUGGAGCGUAUAGAUCAAAAAUAGCUUCUGCUGUUCUCAUCCAAAAAUUACAAAGGUGUAUGUCCAAGAUGGCCUCCGCCCACUUAGGCAACGGGAAGAGAGGAGCCUAUUUGACGCUGCUGGUUCUGUGCCUGACGCCGCUCUUGGCGGGAGCUCAGUCCAACUGCCAUCGACAGGAAAGAUGUGACGCUUGCAUUCAAACCCAGGGUUGCAUGUGGUGCCCGAACCCAAAGACGGGAAAAGAUGGAGAGACUAUGCAGCAUUGUCAACCGACAACGAUUGAUGCUUCUUCAUUCUGUGAUCUCGAGGAGCUGGAGAACCCGCAAAAUGAGCACAGUAUUACUGCCAACGAGCCUUUGACAAGUGCCGAUGAAUCGACAAGUUCAGACAAGAUCAUACAACUGGCCCCACAAGGAAUGAAGCUGAAACUGCGUAAAGCUACACCCGAGACCAUCACCGUCAAAUUCCGACAAGCCCAGGGCUACCCUGUCGACCUCUAUUAUUUGAUGGACCUUUCAAACUCCAUGAAAGACGACAAGGCCAAGUUGGCUGCUCUCGGCGGGGAACUCACCAACACCUUGCGGAACCUCACCAAGAAGUUUACCAUAGGCUUUGGCAGUUUCGUGGACAAGGUCAUGAUGCCGUUUGCGGAGACGUCGCCUGAUAAAAUCAACACUCCGUGCCCAAACUGUACCAGAGCCUAUGCUUUCAAGAACAACAUGCCCCUAGACACGGACGAAAAGAUAUUUACGCAACGCGUGGAGGAGGCGGACAUCUCCGGAAACCUCGACUCUCCCGAAGGAGGAUUUGAUGCCCUGAUGCAGGCGAUGGUGUGCAAGGAGGAGAUCGGCUGGAGGCAGCAGUCUCGCAGAAUCAUAGUCUACUCCACCGACGACAAGUUCCACUACGCCGGGGAUGGAAGGCUUGCAGGCAUUGUGGCUCCGAGUGACGAAAGGUGCCACCUGAACGAAGACAGUGAAUACGAAGCCUACGACAUCUAUGAUUACCCGUCUGUUGCUCAGAUCAACAAAAUCGCCAAGAGAGAGAACAUCAACAUCAUCUUCGCCGUCUCAGGCUUCGUGGACUUGUACGCCGACAUCUCGAGGUUGAUCGAGACCUCUUCCUACGGCCUCAUGAACGAAGAUUCGUCCAACGUGGUCGAACUUGUGGUUAAUCAAUACAAUCAAAUCUCGUCGAAGGUUCGCCUCACAGAUAACUCGACGAAUUCCCCCGUGUCUAUUCGAUACAGUUCUGACUGCAAGAACGCGACCAGCGACCCCCAAGAAUGCUCCGGUAUCAGCCACGGAUCCGAGGUGACAUACAAACUGGAAGUCACGGCUAAAGAGUGCCCGAAGGAUCAGGACACGGUGGUCGUGGAGGUGAAGACGAUGCAGGACAGUCUCUUCCUCGAAAUUGAAUUCGACUGCAGCUGCGACUGCGAGAAUGUGGUCAAAAAGGACAACUCCAGCGUGUGCACAUACCACGGGUAUCUCGUCUGUGGCGUUUGCGACUGCUUCCCGGGGUAUCAGGGUCAGCAGUGCAUGUGCUCCUCAGAAGAUGCCUCCGAUGGCAGGCCUGAGGACGAACAGCUGUGCAAAGCUCCAGACGAAGACAGGGUGUGCUCAGGUCAGGGCUACUGUAGGUGCGGUGCCUGUGCCUGUCGUGAGGAGGAGAUCACGGGAAGGUAUUGUGAGUGCAACCGACGCAAGUGCUUGACUGGGUACGGAAUGGAAUGCUCGGGCCACGGAUCUUGUGAGUGUGACCACUGCGAGUGUGACCACGGAUAUCAUGGACAGUUUUGCGAGUGUCCGCCUGAGAGCGAAUGCAUCAAACCUGGAACAGUCGAGGUCUGCUCAGGUCACGGGACCUGUGACUGCGGACGCUGCAAAUGUAACCAAACUUUCAGUGGGCAGUUCUGUGACGACUGCUUGGAAUGCAAAACUGGAAGAUGCCUGGAAUUCCGUGACUGCGUCCAGUGUCUGUUCAACAACCCGCCUUGCGCGUGCAACCUCACCACCAUUGGGGUGGACUCGCUCUCCCCUUACAUCAAGAAGGGAGCCCAAGAAUGCACCUUCGACGACGAGUCGGACAACUGCUUCUUCAAGUUUUCUUACUUGUACCGUGACUACGACAUGAGAUAUGACAUCCACGUUUUGAAGAACAAGGAAUGUCCAGAGGAGGCUCCUGUCAUGAGAAUCGUUCUAGGACUGGUAGGUGGCAUCGUAGCAGCUGGCCUGCUGGCUCUCAUUGCGUGGAAGGUAGCGACGGUGAUCCACGACCGGAAUGAAUACGAGAGGUUCAAGAAAGAGAGCAUGCAAGGGACGUGGAGCAAUGACAACAUACUGUACAGAGACCCUCUCCAGACUGUCCAGAACCCUGUGUUUUCCAAGGAUACUUAGGAAAAGGCUUAUUUCUCUGUUGGGUUCGUCUCUGCUGGUUGUACAGAAUCUGGAGGUCCACAUCAAGUCUUCUAACAAGAAGAAAGCAGCACAAAGACAUUUUGCCUUCUGGUCACCACAGAGAAAACAUUUGUAUGUUUGUGUAAAUGUAUUUAUGUAAACGGAAUGGACUUAUUAUUAUUCCAUUGAUACAGAAGUUGGUUCACUUCUCAGACAAGAGUCCUGUAUUAUUAUGUAUGUGUACACAAUACUUGCAGUUCCUAAGGUAAUGUUAUAAGAGAAAAAUUCAUAAAAGUAUCCAUCAUAGCUUAGUCAAAGCAUGUUAUAAUUAAGCAUUUCAUAAACAUUCAAUAAAUUUUCUUAAUAC